CGCCACAACUUCACACUCCACCCUUCUCAUAGCUUGCACGUCCAAGGAAAGGAGAUCAUGGAGGUGAAGAAGAGGGCGGCCGCCAUUGCCGCACUGUGCGUGCUCCUCGUCAUGUCAGUGCCGCCCCAGCAGCGGGCGGCCGCCGAGACCUUCUGCGAGUGCUACCAGCCCUGCCACGACGGGUGCAGCCGCAGCGGAUGGAUCUGCAAAGUCGACUGCAUCCAGAAAUGCAAGGAAGAAGGCUACCCCGAGGAGAGCCGCGCCGCCUGCCUCUGGGUCUGCAGCACCGACUCCGUCUGCGGCCCGUCGGCGGCGCCCACCGAUGCAGAAGGCGCUGCGGCUUGUAAGCACGAGUGCCACAGGAGGUGGGGCCUGGUUUAACGCCCAGCAGCAACCUGCCAAAUAAGGAGCUGAAUGGCCAGUGGAUCAUGGGGUCGUAUCAUGUUGAACGGCUGUGAUUGCCAAACAAAUCAAUAAAAUGUGUUUCCGCGCGUCCGCGCAUCA